UCAUUAACCAUAAACAUCGACGCGUGACAAUAUACGAUAUAGAAUUACGAAAAGAAGAAUACGUAUCGACAAUCGCAGCAACGCUUCGAACGGACGUGAUAGAAAUCAACCGUGAUAAAAACUGAUAAGCCGAUACCGCAUGGCAGAAGUUCGUAGUGCUCGAUGAAUUUAAUCGUCGGCAUGAGAUCGUUUCGCAGUCGUUUCUUGAACACGCUCGUGAUUCAAACGUCGCUCUCUCCGUGAAAUUUUCGACGACACAGAAGAAACGCGUUCAGCUUCCAACGGAAGUGAAGACUCGAAUUGUUUUGUCUCGGUGUGUGAUAUUUUGCGAUAUGGAGUCAUUGACGACAAUCAAAUGCGACGAUGUCAACGCACAGACGGACGACGAUAAGGGGUUUUUCGAGAGUGUCGGUUCGUCCACCGUAUCUCCCGACGAACGAAAAACUAAAUCCAAUUCGGUGAUAGACUCCAUCGGCGCGGAUUUCUUUUUGUCUCCCUCGAGCGGAACUCAUCCAAGACAACGGAGUAAAUCUCUCUCUAGCUGUUCUGGCUACUACACAUCGCCGGAACGUGAGAAAUUCUUAGAUAAAGUGGACAUUGCUACCAGCGAUUGGAUCAAGAAAUCGGACUUUCACGACGCUCGCGUGAACGUUCGUCCAGCCUUCGACGAGGAGAACACUUUUGUUACCGAACCUUCUUCGCCGAGCACUUCGGCCGCGAUCAAGACGUCCGUUCUCAAAGACGCGGACUGUUACAAUAUGAAUCACAAAAAUCGCGGCAAGUGCGUGAUCUUCAAUCACGAGCAUUUCGACAUGGGUUUCGACAAGCGGGAAGGCUCGUCGACGGACGCCGUAAAACUGGAAAAGAGCUUCGGGAAGCUCGGCUUCGAGGUUCUUGUGCACAACGACUUGAAUCACAUGGAAGUUAUGACUGAGAUCGAUAACCUCAGCGGGCUCGAUCACACAGACAACGACUGUAUCUGCAUUAUCGUGCUAACUCACGGAUUUCACAACGACCUGAUAUGCGCGAAGGACGCCGCUUACAAGUCUGACAAAAUCUGGAAGCCGUUCACGGCAAACAGAUGUAAUACGCUCGCGGGAAAGCCGAAACUGUUCUUCUUUCAGGCGUGCAGAGGCGACGAACUCGACGGCGGCGUUGUACUGUCCCCACGUAGCGCAUUGGGAUCGGAAACCGACAGUGUGGCGUCUUACAAAAUUCCCACGCACGCGGAUUUCUUAAUAGCUCACAGCUCGGUGCAAGGAUUUUAUACCUGGAGAAAUCCCAUAGAGGGCACGUGGUAUAUACAAUGUUUGUGUAGUAUUCUGGACGAGUACGGGACGGAGCUGGAUUUGAUGAGCAUGCUGACAAUGACUGCGCGAAAAGUCGCCACCGAGUACGCGUCCAACAAUCCCGACGACACGAGUAUGCACGAUCAGAAACAGGUGCCGUCGGUGACCUCGAUGUUGAUCCGAUCCGUUUACUUUCCGCCGAAACCAAAUCAAACGUAACUUUACUUGAAUGAAUAAUUUCGCUGAGCGAAAUGUCGUAACAUAUCUUAGAACAAAAACUGAAAUAAAAAAAAAAAAAAGAAAACUAUUUUGUAAUUUAGAUAAUUAAGCAACGACAAAAACAAUUAGAGAGUAUUAUAUUUAUUGAUGCGCAUGUGUGUGCGCGCGCGCCGUGCCAUAAAUCUUAUCGUGUUGGAAAAUUUUUUUUCUUCAUUUUUUUGAAGACGUUAAUUUGUUUAGUUGUUAAAUGUCGUGUUAUUACGAUAAAAA